CACCAGCACCAGCACUUCAUCAAGCAAUAACUGUCAGCAAAACAUAUUCAAGGCGUUGAUAGCAUAGUUUGGAAGGAACUGUGCGCUAGAAAGGGAGAUGCCUUUUUUUCCUCCUGAAAAUGCAAAGGAGGGUGUUCCACCAACAAAACGAUACGGACACACUGCUGUACUCUGGAAUCAGAACAUCAUUAUCUUCGGCGGAUCGAACGAAUACUACGAAUACCGCGACGAUGUUAUCGUCUUUUCUUUACAGACAAAGACCUGGUCCAGACCUGAGAUCAGAGGCGAGGUGCCAGCACGGUAUCUGCACUCUGCAACUGUCUACAAGAACAAGAUGUAUGUCUACGGUGGAUUCGCCAAGAACUCAAAAUGCACAUAUGUUUUGGAGGAGAUGAGAAUUCUGAACCUGGAUACAUGGACGUGGUCAGAGGCCUACACCGUACCUGCACGCUACAACCAUUCCGCCAGCUUAGUGGGAAGUAAGUUGUGGAUCUACGCGGGGAAGGAUGAGGCAGGAAACACCGUAUCAGAUCUCCACUCUAUCGACUUGACGACCCUCAGAGUGCUCCCCCACACCGGAAUUACUGGGAAAGUCGUCCUACUGAAAUCUCAGCACUUUUCGGAGGCCAUUGGCAAUCAACUCGUUGUGUUUGGCAAGUAUCCAAAUGAGACGACAGGGACCAGUCUCUAUGGGCUCUGGAUCAUGGACCUCGACCAACUGGAGUGGCGCAAAUUAGAUGUGGACCGGUGUCUCGAGGAUGGGGCCUGGAAUUAUUUCACCAUCGUCACGAAGAAGACGCAGCAGCGCCAUCGCCAACUAGAGUCAUCAAUGUCUGUGGACGAUCCACAUUUGCAGAGCAGCAGCAGCAUGGACAUCGACGAACCCGGCUCCUCGCCAAGUCUUAUCUUCUUGGGCAACACGGAAAAAGAUCGUCCACAGCCCUACGACCACUUUCGAGACGUCCUCUCUAUCAAUGUCGAGUAUCUGGGCGUCUUUCAGGUCCCGCCUCCGACGCUGCAAUGGCACAUGAGUCUGAUGUUGAACAACGAAGAGUUUGCGGACUUUACCAUCGUCCCUCAAGAUUCUAUGCGCAAGAUUCACGUUCAUCGGAUGGUGCUUUCGACGCGCUGGCCACACUUCAAGAACAUGCACGCAUCCGGGAUGAUCGAGUCGACCCGAGGGACAAUGGUCCUGCCCGAACCCUACUCGGUCGUGUUCGCAUUUCUCUCCUUCCUUUACACAGACACUGUGGACGUGGAUCUGGACUGCUCCAUCCUGUGCGAUGUGAUGGUAAUGGCCAACAUGUAUCUACUGGAUCGACUCAAGAAACUGUGUGCCUCCAUUCUGCACCGACAUCACCUUCAGGUCGACACCUGUGUACGGAUCUUCCAGGCGGCAUGCGUUUCACAGGAACACGGACUGAAGAAGUUGUCGCAAGAGUAUAUCUUCCGUAACUGCGGUGCAGUAAUGAAGACAGAAGACUGGUUCCUCAUGUGGAGCCAGGGCGGGGAUGGAUCUUCGGGUGAGCAAAGAGCGGCCUUGGAAGAUUUUAUUGAGGGCAUUCCCGAUGAUGCCAGUCUCGAAGUCACACCUGGCUCACGGCGGUCGAGCGACGGCUACGGAUCCGGCUAUGACGGCGCCAACUUCGAACCGACGCUGAGGAAGGAUGACUAGGUCAAUAUCUUGCGCUUUCCCUCCUUCCCUCCUUACACUUUAAACACCCUGUCUUUCGCGUCCACGCUCCCAGUACAUAUUUAUUCGGAAUAGCCGCAGCCCGCAGUAACCGAUUCCUUAAUGCAAUUGCGUUCAAC